UGCUUCAUCACUCGCAAACUUGCCGCGCGCUGCGUUGCGUCGUCGUCGUCGCGUCGCCUCGUCUCGUUUUUCGUUUUUCGUUUGGUCGUUCUUCUGCGUGCUGCUGUCGUUUUGCCAUUCGCCUGUUUACAUUUGUUUUUUUUUGUUCUUGUGUUGACAAUCGCCUGUAAUUGUUGUAACGAUCCUGCGUAAGCGUGAGCGAGAGCGAGAGCAAGUAACUGAACAGUUCGGUGCGUGUGCGUGUGCAAGAGUGAGAGAAAGAGAGGGACAAACAGAGUGCUCUUCUACACACAGCAGCAGCAGCAUGGCGAGUGCUGAACGCAUGAAUACAACAGCUGCAAUGGUCGCCCACAUGGCGCCCAGUCGGAGCACAACGCCCGAUCAGCUGGCCCGCCUCAUCGAUGUGCAUCUGGGCGAUCUGCGCGAGGAGCAGCCCAACUGGAUGCUCGCCCCCUCGCCGGUGGCGGGUCGCGGCGUCUUUGCCACACGCGACAUUGCCGCCGGCGAGCUAAUCUUUCGGGAGCGUGCCCUCGUCGUGGGUCCCACAGCGCGCAAGGGUUCGCAGCUGAACACAUGCGUCUGCUGCCAUCGUCUGCUGGCCAGCAAACACUUCCUCUGUCCACAUCACUGCACGCUGCCCGUUUGCGGUGAAUGCGCCGACUCCGCUGCGCAUCGCAAUGAGUGCGAACACUUUCAGCGCUGGAUGCCCAAGGAUCUGACAGCGAGCGAAGAGCAGCCGCCAGCCAAAGAGUCGCCAUCCGAAGAGAGUGAUCCUCAGGACGUGGCCACAAAGGAGCCGUUGGGCGACGUCGUCAAUCCGCUGUCGCUGCGCAUUUUGACCGCGGUGCGCGUGUUUUACCUCAGCAAGGAGCAGCGGGCGCUGGUCGAUGCCAUGCAGGCGAAUGCGGAGCGUGGCUAUCGCCAGGAGAUCAUCAAGGCGGCGCAAUGCUUUCGCAAAUUCCCCACCACCGAUAAACCGUUCAUGGAUCAGCUCUUCCGCGUUGUCGGCGUCCUCAAUACGAAUGCCUUUGAGGCGCCGUGUCGCGUCGACAAGCACGAGACACUGCUCCGUGGCCUCUUCCCGCUGACGGCGAUCAUGAAUCACGAGUGCACCCCGAAUGCCAGUCAUUACUUUGAGAACGGUCGGCUGGCGGUGGUGCGGGCAGCGAGGGAUAUUCCCAAGGGCGGCGAGAUCACAACCACGUACACGAAGAUCCUCUGGAGCAAUCUCACGCGCGGCAUCUUCCUCAAGAUGACCAAGUACUUUGUGUGCAACUGCGACAGAUGCAACGACAACUCUGAGAAUGGCACGUAUUUGUCGGCGCUCUUCUGCCGGGAACAGGGCUGCAAGGGACUCGUGAUACCCGUGCAGACGAAGACACUGCAACCGGACUGGCGUUGUCUCAGCUGCGAGAAUGUCUUUCCGCAUGCGAAGAUGGCGCGGUAUCAGGACUUUGCCCUCAACACGAUCAACAAUCGGAUCAACACGUGCAGUGUGCGCGACAUGAUUCACUUCAUCAACGAGCUGUGCCCGCGCUUCUGUCCGCCCUCGAACUAUGUGCUGAUCGAGGCCAAGUUGAAUGUGAUCUGGCGCAUGACGCGCCUCGGUGCAGAAGAGUAUGCGCCCGAGGAGUUGGCUCACAAGGAUCGCUAUCGCGAGGAGAUCCUUGCCAUUCUGCAUAAGCUGGGCGCCGGCGAGUGCACGCUGAAGAAGCUCAUCACCGAGGAGAUACAGUGAGCGAUGCCAAAAACAAUCAAAACAACCAAGGUGAACGACCCCAGCUGUGUGUGAAUGUGUGUGCGUGUGAGUGUCCUGCUGUGUCCAUGUGUGCGUGUGUGUGUGUGUAUGUGUGUGUUAAUGCUGGCGGGUUCAGCUGUUUUUGGCCAAAUCAAUUGUUGUAGCUAGUAAAAAUUGCUUAUUUUUUUUCUCAUUAGAAAUAUUAUAAUAAAAAUAAAGCUAUUGAAAGUGAAAUCGAAA